GCUUCUGCAGCUGCCUUAGCGCCACCUGCAAACGAGACGCCGACUUGCAGCAUCCGACGAUCGAUCUCGCUCCUAUCCUGCUGCCCAUCUCGCCAAUUCCUCCACCCCCGAUUGUGAUUGCAUCGCUGGAUGCUGCUCGCGUGCUGAUCGAAGUGCAAAGCAUCCGCAGUCACAAUGGGGUCCACAGCCUUUGGCAACUUUAACGACUUCUGCAAAGAUUCGACCCUGCCGGUCUGCAACUUGCUAUCCGAAGAAUUCAAGAACCAAACCGGCCCCUGGGGAGGAUGUGCGCUCACCGGAAUCUCGCUGAGCGGCGGCCGGCAUUUGGGUAACGUUGGAUCAAUCAUCCUAUGUGGCAUCGGUAUUGCCAUGGCAUCGUUCCUCAUCAUAAAAUCGGACAGGAAAAAGGCUGCCGUGGGCCGUCGCGAAAUUCAACUGUUCCUUCUUGGCUAUAUUCUCAUCAGCAUCUGCGAAAUUUUUUCAGUUGGCGAAAUCCCUCUCGGCAAAACCGUACGAGUGGCUUUUAGUGGCAUUCACAUUGGCGCCAUCAUCGCGACCACAUGGAUCCUCAUGCUCAACGCUGUUGUUGGAUUUCAGCUACUCGAUGACGGCACCCCGUUAUCUCUGGCCCUGCUUUUUGGCUCUGCCGGCGCCCUCCUCGUUGGAACUGGCUACAUUGCUCUCGACACAGGAUUCAGCUGGACCGGAUUCUGGGACAGCAGCUAUCAACUCCCGAACCGCAACAUUGCCCUCUAUGUGUUAUACCAGCUUAUCCCUCUGCUGUUCCUCGUUGCAUUUUUCGUCCUCGAAACCAUUCUGGUCCUUCGAAUCCUGGGAGAGCUCCGCCCGAUGAUCUAUUUGACUGCCGCCGCCCUUCUCUUUGCCAUCGGUCAGGUUUUCAACUACGUCAUCAGCAAAUACAUCUGCGAUGGGACCAACGGCAAGAUUGACGGAGCCCUUUUCGAGACACUGUUCACGCUUCUGGCCGUCGGCAUGGUCUGGGUCUUCUGGUCAAGCAUCACCGAGGACGACUGGCCCAUGCCAGCAACAGAGUCUUACACCUCUCCAGGCUAUACUGCUACCAGUGCAGCCUAUGCUAACACGGGAUACGCCAACCAGAGCUAUUCCAACCAAGGCUUUGCCUCGCAAGGCUACAACUCCAACAAUCACUCGCACUCCCAAUCCUACAACUCUCAACCAUACAACUAAGAUAAUCUUGCAACAUUUUGGGUUUCGAACCUCGGCGUUUACAGGCGGCAGCAUUGACGGCUUCACUCUUUUGUUAACUUCUGCUUUUCAUAUAUAUACGUUUUCCCCGACGAGUUGAUUACGAGUCGAACGACGCGCUCACGCAGCACAUAUGGAACUGGCUGAAAUA